AAUUCCAGUGUUUUUACAUAACAAUAAUAACAUCCGCUGGCAGAAAUGCUUAGGUGUUCAUUGUAUUUUGCGCGGGAAAAUAUUCGCGGAAGAUUCGCGGAACGUGUUUUCAAGAUGGCGGCCAUUCCCACCAUAAAGAAGCUGGACGAAGCUGUCGUUAACCGCAUUGCGGCUGGAGAAGUGAUCCAAAGACCUGCAAAUGCGCUUAAAGAAAUGAUAGAGAACUCGCUUGAUGCAAAGGCUUCAUCUAUAACGGUGACAGUGAAAUCUGGAGGCUUGAAACUUCUGCAGAUACAAGACAACGGGUGCGGAAUUAGAAAAGAUGACAUGGCCAUUGUUUGCGAGCGUUUUACUACGAGCAAGCUCACGAAAUUUGAAGAUCUAAGUUCGAUAGCAACUUAUGGCUUCCGAGGAGAAGCCCUGGCAAGCAUAAGUCACGUAGCUCAUGUAGCGAUCACUACAAGAACAGCAGAAUCAAACUGUGCUUACAAAGCGUCCUUUUCUGAUGGCAAACUUGUUCCACCUCGGCCCGGUUUAUCUGCCGACCCUAAGCCUUGUGCUGGCAAUAAAGGAACGCAGAUAACCGUAGAAGACUUAUUUUACAACGUUUCAACUAGAAGAAAAGCGCUAAAAAGCCCUGGCGAAGAGUUCGCGAAAAUUGCUGAUGUGGUAAGCAAGUACGCCAUUCAUAAUUCUGGGGUUGCAUUCACUUUGAAGAAGCAGGGGGAGAACAUGGCGGAUGUGAGAACAGCCAGUGGUGCCUCGAUUUUGGACAAUAUUCGUGCGAUUUAUGGCACAACAGUUGCAAGGGAGUUGCUGGAAGUGAGCUGCGACAACCAGAGAUAUGCAUUCAAAAUGCACGGUUAUAUUUCAAAUGCAAAUUAUUCUGUAAAAAAGUUACAGUUUUUGCUGUUUAUAAAUCACCGGCUUGUUGAUUCCUCCUCAAUGAGGAAAUCUAUAGAAUCAUUAUAUGAAGCUUACAUUCCGAAGAACAGUCAUCCAUUUGUGUACUUGUCACUUGAAAUCGCACCCAGUAAUGUUGACGUCAAUGUGCACCCCACUAAACAUGAAGUUCAUUUCUUGCAUGAAGAUUCCAUCAUUGAGGCCAUUCAAAAGGCAUUCGAGGAGAAGUUAUUGGGGGCUAAUUCUUCAAGAACAUACUUCACUCAAACCCUUCUUCCUGGUGUUGCAGUGACUGAUACCUCUGCAGUAACAUCUGAUGAAGGGAAAUCAAGCAGUACUAAAGUGUAUGCACAUCAGAUGGUGAGAACAGACAGUAGAGAACAGACACUUCAUGCAUUCCUGCCUCCAAACGAUCAUGCAGAUGUGGCAAAUGCAUCUAACAGUGUGUCGCAGCUAUCCCGUAGUACCAAUAAACUAGAGGUCAGCAAUACAACCCCCAGGGAACUUACUGUCCCUGAGCAUCCCUCUUCAACCAUUGUCAACCCUGCUGAAGGGAAAAAGUUAGCCUCCCACUCACAGAAGUCAUCUGGCACUGAAGACGAGGACUUCUCUGACCAGCCAUCAGGUUCAAAGAAGCCAAGGUUGGCAGAAAAGGCUGAAAGCACAACAAGAAACACAAGCAACUCAAACAUUUACAGAGAAAUUCGUUUGACCAGUGUUUUGAAUCUGCGGAAAGCUAUAGACAAUUCUGAGCAUAAAGGGAUGAAAGAGCUGUUUGAGGAUCACAAAUUUGUUGGCUGUGUCAACAAGUCACUGGCUCUUGUCCAACACAGCACAAAACUGUUCCUUGCCAACAUCACAACCCUCAGCAAAGAACUCUUUUAUCAGAUCAUCCUCUUCAAAUUUGGCAACUUUGAUUUUCUAAGGCUGUCAGAACCAGCGCCUAUUUAUGAUCUUGCACAGUUGGCUUUAGAUUGUGAGGAGAGUGGUUGGACGGAAGGAGAUGGGCCUAAAGAUGAACUGGCAACUUACAUUGUUAAGUUAUUAAAGGAGAAGAGAGCCAUGUUGCUGGAUUAUUUUUCAUUAGAAAUUGAUAGUGAGGGUAAUUUGCUGACAUUGCCACUUCUGCUGGAUGGCUAUGUACCAAAUCUCAAUGGGCUGCCAAUGUUUAUUCUUCGUCUUGCAACAGAGGUAGAUUGGGAAACUGAAGAGGGAUGUUUCCAGACCUUUGCACAGGAAUGCAGCAGGUUUUAUGCAUUAAAACCAGAUCCUUUUCAAAAUAAUGACAACGAACCUAAAGACGACAGUGAGGAGGCAAACGUUGUUAAGUCAUCAUCAUCAUCAAGUCGCUCGUGGCAGUGGACAGUGGAGCAUGUUUUGUUUCCUGCUUUUCGCACUGGACUUGUGCCUCCUGGUCGCUUCUCUGAGGAUGGAACUCUGCUUCAGAUAGCAAACUUGCCUGACUUGUACAAAGUGUUUGAAAGAUGUUGACUUUUUAAAGAUGGAAAUCCAAACCCUUAAAGCAGCUCACAACGGUUGGAUCAGUACUUCAACUCUUUUUCACUUAAUGCCUGUUAAAAGUGAUAUCAAACAAAUGCCCAUUCAUUGGGAAACAAAUUUGAGUCAUUUUUGUGAUGCAAAAUGGUUACCAUACCAACAUUAUAACCCAUUUAAAAUCAUCUUAAUUUUAGCGUUAAGUGCUUACAACUCAAAAAUGAGUCUAAUGACCCCUAUCUUUAUUCAAAUAUUACAAUAAGCAUGUUAAAAUACAAUUUUUUUGCCAAGUUUCAAAAAAUUGUACAUACGGAACUUAAGAUGGCUCUGAACUUACCCCCAUAUUUUAGUAAACUUUAUGAAAAGUUGAAUCUUGAUGUGCUGAUUACAAUAUUGGGUAAUAAAAAAUGGUUGUCACCAAACUCAUUUUCGAGUUAUAUUAAUAACUGCGUGUAUUUCUUAAACGUUUUGCUGUUGCCAUGGUAACUUGCAAUGCCAAGAAAAUUAUCAUAGCUUGUUCACCAAUGUUUGGGCAUUUCUUAAUGCCACUAUUGCAGCAUCAAAUGAAAAAGAAAUAUUACUGAUCCAUCAAAGCAGAAGUGCUAAACAAAUGCUGGAGAUUGAUUCUUACCACCUUUACCUUGCAUUCUUUAUAAAUCUCUGUGGACAUUCAAGUAGAACAUUUUUCCAGAUCAAGGUAUGAUUAUGUAUUGUUAUCAGAGAUAAGCAAGCAAUUUCCCAAUGGUUAUACCAUAACUUCUUUAGUGUCUUGUAGUUGUGGUGAUGCCACCCAACACAGACUUCUUAUUGUAGUUUGUCUGAACCAAGUUGAGGUGGUAAGUGUUGGGUUUUCCACCAAUAGCAUGCUGGCUUCAGUUGUUCAAAGGUUGGAUAAUUUUAUAGGCCAGAUAAAUCACAAAAUCGCUGUCCAGUUUGUUUUGCCAACACUCACCCACUUGAUAGAGAUUUAUGUAGGGACUGUUUUAUCGGACCUUUGAACAACUAGGCUCUGGUUUGUAGUCUGCACAGUGAUGGAUCAAGGGGAGCAGCCAAAGUAGUAUAUUAUCCAUUCAGGGCCCCCAUUUUGUGUGCCAUGAGAGAUGCUUCUGCUCUGCAGCCACACUUUGUAGAGUUUGAUUAGUGAAG